AUGCCCGCCGACGCUCAACAGUCUGCGAGCGAGGUCGAGUCGCUGCUCGACAGGGGCCAGCGCCAGGUGAAACGCUUCUUUGACGGCUUCAUCGACUUUGCCUUUCAGGGCAACAUCCUGCAGAUUGCCUUUGGCCUCAUCCUGGCCAACAUCUUCACCGACCUCGUCAAGUCGUUUGUCAGCGCCAUCCUCAUGCCGCCCAUCUCCAUCAUCCUCCCCGUCAACCGGAACAUUGAGGAAAAGUUUGCCGUCCUACGGCGCGGGCCAAGCUACAACGCGACGACGGGAUACAACACCCUGCACCAGGCGCUCGAGGACGGCGCCGUGGUCAUGGCAUACGGGUCCUUUAUCUACCAAGUCGUCUCCUUUGUCAUGGUCGGCUUCUCCCUCUACGGCCUCGCACACAUCUACACGCUCGUCUCGCACGACCCCAUCAUCAAGUACACCAAAAAGUGCCAGUACUGCCGCAUGCACAUCAACGAAAAGCCGGGUCAUCGACCACGCCGUGCAGCAUACGGAGCACGAGACCAGCCACCGGCCACUCCCAACGUCGUACCCCAGAUCAAGGAGGCGCACAAGACAGGUGCCAUUCGGGCCAUUGCCUGGGCACAACGGUCUACGGAACCCAGUCGUUGGUCGACAACGUCUCCUCAGUCCAAGAGCAAGUACAUGAUGGCCCUACGCAACCACACACGUCACGACGGCCGGGGGCCCUUGACACGGGCUGCAGGUGCACCGAUAUGA